AUGCACAUUCUGCCACGAGAGCAAGAAAAAAUCUUCCUGCAUCAGGCCGGAUUUCUCGCUCAAAAGCGCCUUGCAAGAGGCCUACUACUAAAUCGAUCAGAAGCUAUUGCACUCAUAGCAUCUCAAUUGCAAGAACGCAUCAGGGAUGGCUACCAUUCUGUAGCGGAACUCAUGCGACAUGGAAAGGCGUUGCUCGGGAGGAGACAUGUGUUACCCAGUGUUCCUUCCCUUCUCCAUGAAAUACAAGUGGAAGGAACCUUCCAUGACGGAGUAUUCCUGGUGACAGUACAUGACCCAAUCUGUACAGAUGAUGGUAACCUCAAUGCCGCGUUGUAUGGGUCGUUUCUUCCCAUUCCUUCUGAAGAUAAAUUUCCUUCUGCUGAGACGUGUGUAUGCGCACGUGAGGCCUUGCCCGGCGCUAUCAUAGCAAGAAAGGAAAGAAUUCAGAUAAACACAGGGCGGCAUUGUAUCAAGCUUAAAGUCACCAACAAUGGUAGCCGUCCUAUCCAAGUUGGAUCCCAUUAUCCUUUUCUUGAGACGAACGCUGCCCUUGAAUUCGAUCGCAUCAAAGCUAUCGGAAAGCGACUCGACAUUCCUGCUGGAACAGCCGUUCGUUUUGAACCUGGAGAUUGUAAAUAUGUGAUUCUUUGUGAUGUCGCAGGUCGUAAAGUUAUCACAGGCUGUAAUGGUCUCGUUACUGGCUGUGUCGAUGGUCUUACGCCUCAUAGCUGUGAAGGUAACCCUGCAGCCCUUUUCAAACUGGACGAGAUAAAAAAUGACAUUAUCCAAAGAGGAUUUGGAUACUGUCCGGAACCGGGAGCGCUUGAAGUAUAUGUAGACGCUGAGACGAUCGGUGAGAUGAGAAAGGAUGUAAGCAGGGAAGAGUAUAUUUCGAUGUUUGGACCCACGACUGGAGAUAGGAUACGACUAGGAGACACCACACUUUGGAUUGAAAUUGAGCACGAUAAGACUGUAUAUGGCGACGAGGUCAAAUUUGGAGGCGGGAAGAGUAUACGAGAUGGAAUGGGGCAAGCCUCAAACUUGAGUUCCAGGGAUACUCCCGACACAAUAAUAACGAACGCUAUAAUCGUUGAUUGGUCAGGUAUCUACAAGGCAGACAUCGGUAUCAAGGACGGAAAAAUAUGUGGAAUCGGAAAAGCUGGCAACCCGGAUAUAAUGGAUUGUGUCGACCCAGCAUUAGUUAUCGGCUCGUCGACAGAAGUCAUCGCUGGUGAAAAGCUAAUUGUCACCGCUGGAGCUAUUGAUGCCCAUGUACACUACAUAUGUCCUCAGCAGGUGUUUGAGGCGCUUGCAGUUGGAACGACAACGAUGAUUGGAGGAGGGACUGGGCCAAGUGCAGGUACAAAUGCGACGACAUGUACACCGAGUCCCUUUCAUAUCAGGUCCAUGCUAGCCGCUACAGAUGGCCUUCCAAUGAACUUCGCAUUUACAGGGAAAGGCAAUGAUUCAGGACCGACAGCCUUGGAGGAAGUCGUAGUUGCCGGAGCGGCUGGUCUUAAACUGCAUGAAGAUUGGGGGUCUACACCUACUGCUAUAUCGAAUUGUUUGGACGUUGGCGACAAGUAUGAUGUCCAGGUCAACAUACACACGGAUACUCUCAAUGAAAGUGGCUUUGUCGAUAGUACUAUCAACGCAUUUGGCGGGCGGACAAUUCACACUUACCACACGGAGGGUGCUGGCGGUGGACAUGCACCUGACAUCAUUGUGGUUUGUGGCCUCGACAACGUCAUCCCUUCUUCGACCAACCCUACUAGACCAUUCACUAGCAACACAAUGGAUGAACAUCUCGAUAUGCUCAUGGUGUGCCACCAUCUAGAUAGAUCUAUUCCAGAAGACCUGUGUUUCGCGGAUUCUCGUAUUCGAGCAGAAACGAUGGCAGCAGAGGAUGUCCUCCACGACGCAGGGGCUAUAUCAAUCAUCAGUUCAGAUUCACAAGCAAUGGGUCGUGUUGGCGAAGUUGUAAGCCGGACUUGGAGAACUGCGAGCAAGCUACGAGAAUUUAAUGGACCGCUCGCCGAACUACACGACAGUGAAGGAAAAGACAACGGACGGGUAAAGCGUUACGUCGCAAAAUAUACCAUCAACCCCGCGAUUGCGCAUGGUAUAAGCCAUGUGAUUGGCUCCGUCGAAGUUGGGAAACUGGCCGACUUGGUUAUCUGGAAGCCAGAGAAUUUUGGUGCUAAACCCGAACUGGUACUCAAAUCAGGCACGAUCGUGUAUGCUCAGAUGGGCGAUGCGAACGGUUCCAUUCCGACGGUGCAACCGUCCUACUCCAAGCCUAUGUGGGGUGCAUUCCCAAUGGCUGCCGCUCUCAACUCGGUUGCUUUCGUUUCGCAAAUAUCAUUGAGUUGUGGUGCCAUUGCAUCCUAUGGCUUAUCCAAAAGAUGUGAGGCGGUAGUCAAUUGUCGCAACAUCACAAAGAAGGAUAUGAAGUGGAACGAUGCAACGCCGACUCUCCACGUUGACCCAGAGAACUACGAAGUUCGUCUCAAUGGUCCAGAGGGCCCCCUGUUGGAUAUUGGGCCUGCAUCGACAGUGGCUUUGGCAAGGCAAUACAAUUUCUUCUGA